AUGGCCUCCCAGAGCGUGCAAUGCUUCGGCAAGAAGAAGACCGCGACUGCUGUCGCCCACUGCAAGGCCGGAAAGGGUCUCGUCAAGGUUAACGGAAAGCCUCUUUCCCUCGUCCAGCCCGAGAUCUUGCGAUUCAAGGUCUACGAGCCCAUCCUCAUCCUCGGUGUUGACAAGUUCGCCGAUGUCGACAUCCGCGUCCGCGUCUCUGGUGGUGGACACACCUCGCAAGUCUACGCCAUCCGCCAAGCCAUCGCCAAAUCCAUCAUCGCCUACUACCAAAAGUACGUCGACGAGCACUCGAAGAACCAGCUCAAGCAGGCCCUGAUCCAGUACGACCGCACACUGCUUGUUGCCGACAACAGGCGGUGCGAGCCCAAGAAGUUCGGCGGUCCAGGUGCGCGCGCCAGGUACCAGAAGUCUUACCGUUAA